AUGGCGGACAUAACGAAAAACACACCUUAUCUAUUUACCAAAAAACGACCUCAAUUCCAAGAUAAAGCUAAAGAUUUUUAUCAUAAUAUUCCAAAAUAUUCGAUAAAUUAUGUAAAAUCAUUAUUUCCAAUCGCAACGUGGAUAGGACGCUAUAAUUUGACAUGGUUAUCAGGGGAUAUUAUUGCCGGUUUUACGGCAGGUGCUGUAGUUAUUCCACAAGGGAUGGCUUAUGCAAAGGUUGUCGGAUUAGGUCCCGAAUACGGAUUAUACUCAUCAUUUGUGGGAGUGUCCCUCUACUUUUUAUUUGCAACUUCCAAGGACAUCACGAUUGGUCCUACGGCCGUGAUGUCAUUACUUCUCGGUCAAGCAAUCAAUGCUAUCCAUAAAUCCUCAGAGGCAUUUACAACUGUUGAACUGGCCACUUCAUUUGCUUUAUUUUCGGGAAUCUUUUCCCUUAUCCUUGGUUUACUACGACUUGGUAUCAUCGUUGAUUUUAUUCCCGGUCCUGUCAUUGCUGGUUUCACCACCGGAUCCGCUCUUACAAUCGCAAUAGGGCAAAUAGCCAAACUAUUAGGAAUAAAGGACAUUGAUAGCAAAGAACCUGCAUAUCUUGUAUUAGGCAAAACUCUCGGUGCCUUGGGAAGAACGAAAAUCGAUGCAGUAGUCGGAAUUCUUAGUCUUGUUUAUCUAUAUUCUAUAAAAUAUGGUGUAAGAAUUGCCGCGAAACGUUGGCCACGUUUUGAAAGGGCAUUUUUCUUUCUAGGAAUCCUUAGAAACAUUUCCGUAGUAAUAAUAGCAACAUUAAUCUCUUACCUGAUUAAUAUCGGCAAAACCACAAGUCCUUUCGGCAUUUUGAAAAAGGUUCCUUCCGGAUUUUCACAUAUCGGGACCGCGCCUGUCAGUGCUGACAUGCUUCAAACAAUUGCACCUCAUUUACCGAUUAUAAUAUUGAUUCUUAUUUUAGAACACGUUGCGCUAGCAAAAAGUUUUGGAAGAAUUAACAAUUAUAAAAAACUUAUUGCUAUUGGAGCAACAAAUGCCAUUGGAUCUUUCGUUGGUGCAUAUCCUGCGACAGGAUCAUUCUCUCGUACUGCCAUUAAAUCUAAAUCUGGUGUACGUACUCCGCUCGCUGGCAUCUUUUCCGGUUUGCUUGUGAUCCUCGCCCUUUUUGUCUUGACGCCUGCUUUCUAUUAUAUUCCAGAUGCUAACCUUUGCGCGGUCAUCAUACACGCCGUACUUGAUUUAUUAUCCGGUCCUUCUUAUAUUAAACAACUCUGGAGAAUUGAAUUUUGGGACUUUGCGGUCUUUGUAGUUGGCGUCUUAUUUACAUUUUUCUUCACCGUUGAUAUUGGUAUCUUUGCUUCAACCGGACUUGCACUUUUAGUUCUCUUGAUAAGAUUGGCGCGACCGAGAUUCGACGCAUUGGGACGUUUACCUUUGGAAUCAAAAAACAAUGUUCCAAGAUAUGCGUACGUUCCAAUCGGUCAUCCAUCAUUCAAAUCCGUAAACAAUCCACCGGAUGGUGUUCUAGUCUUCAGAUUUGAUGAAUCACUCACAUAUCCAAACGCGAGUUACGUUGAUGAUCAAAUCGUUGAAUAUGCUCGUAAAAACACGAAAAGUUUUUUUAUACAAGAAAAAAAGAAAGGUGACAGACCAUGGAAUGAAUUGGAGAUAUCAAAUGAUUCUGAUGAUUCAAAUAAAGUACAAAAACCCAGGUUACACGCGGUAGUAUUUGAUUUCGCGGCUGUCAGUGUCAUUGAUACAACGGGUAUACAAGCUCUAUUAGAUACGAGAAAGGAAUUAAAUAAAUACGCUGGUCAACCCGUUGAAUUUCAUUUCGCAAAUAUACUUGGUGAAGAUAUUGAAGAAUCCUUGAUUGCUGGUGGUUUUGAUAGUUUAGAUAGUAAUUCAAAUAUUAGUAUAAAUAGUGCUAUUGAUAGUGGGGAUACGAUUACCGCCAUUGAAAAAGUACCUGAUGAAGAAAUUGGUGCUAGGGAAAAGGAAACCAAUCAUAAGGUUCAAAAAACAAAAAGAUUCUUUCAUUUAACUCUUGAUGAAGCUAUUGAGGCUGCUGCUGGAAAUUGA